GGUUGUCAUGGAGAUGGCGCAGAGGGCAGUUCCAGAGCUGGCAGGUAGGGGUGGGAGAGGGCAACAUGCCAAUAUGCUAAACACUGACCAACUGUUGGUUAGGGCCUUAUCGGAGAAACCAAGGCAGAGCACAGAGCCCUUGGUUCCAGGGACACCUACAGGGCUGUUCAGACUUCUAUCAAGCAUCUCUCCAGAGGACCAGCGGCACCUUGGGAGUGGAGACAGUCUGCAGGGUCCGAGCUGCCAGCUACAAAGAUCUUACAGCGCGGGGCAGACAACAAAAAAAGAACGAAAGCCCCGGAGGCGGAACAAGAAAGGACGUGGCUCAGCUGAGGCAGAGGAUCUCUUCAGCCCACCUCGGAAGCCUUCCUUCCCUUUCCAGUGGGCCUGGGAAAGCUUCAUCAUAGAUGGCCAGACUCUGCUUCAGUCAAGUUCCUCUAUGGCCAUGGGCCAUCGACCCCUGCUCUUCCCUCCAGCAGCCCCCCAAUGCAAGUCCAGGCACAAGUCAGUAGCCAACGUCUCAGAAGACCUUCGAGCCUGCCACAAGAUGGGAAGCCUGGGGAAGAGACAUCAGCCAGAGGCCUGGGCCAACCUUCCCCCGCCUCUAGGCAAAGCUGAGAGCCAAGGGCUAGACCGAUCCAGCCUCUGGCCAUCAGGGAAAGGGUCAGGAUCGGAGUGUGAGGAUGUCUCAGAGGUAGAAGGCCAGAAUGCUGAGGAAGCCGAGAAAAGUCUCAGCCCUGGGGAACUGCCCCAGCUCCCAGGGCAGGGCUUGAUCUUGGAGGAGGAAUUGAUCUCAGAGGUGAUGGAGGAGGAGGAGGAACACAAAGACCCCCACAGGAGAAAGGGCAGUUCUGUCAAUAAGGGGAGGAAUUCUGGAGAGAAGGGCUCAGAAGAAGGGGAGCUGCAGAGCUACAAACAGGGAAGCGGCUCUAGCUCCAACAGUCUUCCAAAGUCACAGAAGGGGACCCCAAGGGCCAAGGACCUGAAGGGGCCCUGGGACCUGGAGCGACUACACAGGCAGUUACAGGAGGAAUUGGAAUGUGGUCCCCAGAAGCAGACCUGGAAGGCACUGCGGGAAGCUGUCCAGGCCUCAGCCAGGAACAAGAAGACCCCCAUCUUGGGAGAUGAUGAAAUUCUCUUCUCUGCCAACUUUCCUAAUCGCACCUUCCAUAAACGACAGGAGGCCACCAGAAACCUGCUUCUGGCCUGGGAACAGCAGCAGGCAAAGGAGAGGCAGCAGGCUGAGAUACGCAGAGCUCGGGAACAGCAAGUGCAGCAUCAGGUGGCUCGAUGUCUGGCAGCCUACACACCUGGAAAGAACAGAGGGGCCUUGGCGCCUCAACGCAAACUAGAGGAGCUGAGGCGCAAGGAACGACAGCGUUUUGCUGAGUACCAAGCAGAGCUCCAAGGCAUCCAGCAUAGGGUGCAGGCCCGACCCUUCCUGUUUCAGCAGGUCAUGCAGACCAACGCCAAGCUCACUGCAAAUCGGCGCUUCUCCCAGGUGUUGUCAGCAUUUGGAGUAGAUGAGGAACAGCUGCUGGCUGAGGCCGGCAAGGCAGAGGGCAUACCCCGGAAACACAGGAGCCACCGGUCAUUUGGAGGCGAAAUGGAGACAUCUUCUCAGAGCCCCCCAAAGACAGAAUCAACCAGCAGCCAGCCUGGAAGACACCCCUCCCCAACUCUGGACCCACAGCACAGUCCCCGAGAGAAAAAUUAAAUGCUUUAUGGCCAA